CUCCGCUCUGCUCCACAGUGAGCGGCGUGUCAGUGAGGAAGGUGAUUAGAGUGUCUUCUUCUGCAUACAUGACUGUCUGUCGACAAUAGCAAUGUGGCGCAAGCUGUUCACCUCCGUCCCUGCUUUCAGAGCGCUGAAAGCACCCUGUCGGAGCUUUAGUAGCAGCAGCAGGGGAGCUGAAAAGGACUUCUUUAAAGAUCUGGACACUCAUCUGCGGGCGUUUCGGGACAAAGCGGCCGCAGCGAUGCCCGGCAGUGACUGGAGCCCGAUUGAGUUGACCCCUGGCCUGCCCCCGGAGAGGGCUGAUGUGGUGAUUGUAGGAGGGGGAGUCGUAGGAUGGUCCAUCGCAUACUGGCUAAAGAUGAAGGCGCGAGUGAGGGAUGGUCUGAGAGUGCUAGUGGUGGAGAAAGACCCUACUUAUUCCCAGGCGUCGACUGUGCUGUCAUGUGGUGGAAUUCGGCAGCAGUUCUCCUUGAAAGAAAACAUCCUGCUGUCACUGUUUUCAGCUCAUUUUAUGAAGAACAUUAAUAAUCAUCUCUGGGUUGUAAAUGAAGACCCCGUUGAUCUACAGUUUAAUCAUUCCGGAUAUCUCUUCCUUGCCAGUGAAAAAUCAGCUCAUAUUAUGGAGGAAAACUACAGAACUCAAAGAUACGUGGGUGCGAAGGUCGCCCUCCUCUCACCAUCCCAGCUGAAGGAGCGAUUCCCUUGGAUGAACACGGAGGGGGUCGCUCUGGCUUCUCUUGGACUAGAGAACGAGGGCUGGUUUGACCCCUGGUCUCUCCUGAACGCUCUCAGACGUAAGGCCGUGUCUAUGGGAGUCUAUCAGUGCUUUGGAGAGGUCACAGGAUUUAAAUGUGCUGCAAAUUUGGCAGAAACCACAGAUGGAGAGGUUCUUAAUGUCCAAAGGAUAAAAUAUGUUCAUGUGCGGAUGCCCAACAGUCUGGAGUAUCAGCCCGUGGAGUGUGCCGUCGUGGUAAAUGCAGCAGGUGCAAACUCAGGAAAGAUCGCCUCCAUGCUAGGCAUCGGAUUAGGCCCGAAAGAAUCCGUGUCUGGUGUUCCGCUACCCGUGGAGCCCAGAAAAAGGUUUGUUUAUGUGGUACAUUGUCCUGAUGGACCAGGGCUGGAUACUCCAUUUCUGAUUGACUAUUCAGGGGUUUACUGUAGACGAGAGGGACUGGGAGGAAAUUACAUCACGGGAAUGUCACCAGAGGAGACAGAAGAACCAGAUAUCAGUAACCUUGAUGUGGACCACGAGUUCUUUCAAGAGAAGGUCUGGCAUCGUCUGGCCCACCGUAUUCCUGCAUUCGAGCAACUGAAGGUCUCAAGCGCGUGGGCUGGGUUUUAUGACUACAACACCUUUGAUCAGAAUGGCAUUAUUGGACUUCAUCCUCUUGUGCCCAACAUGUACUUUGCCACGGGCUUCAGUGGUCACGGUCUGCAGCAGUCUCCUGCGGUCGGACUCGCAGUGGCUGAGCUUAUUCUGGACGGAGGCUAUAAGACCAUCGACCUUAGUGCUUUUGACCUUAAACGGAUCCUCCUGCAGGAGCCCAUACAGGAGAGUAACAUCGUGUGAGGAGCACAAAAACAUACAGGGAAGAUGAAUGUGUCCUCAGGAUGGAGCCACUUGACAUGAACGUCACAGUGAUAUCAUAGUUCAGACAGAACUCUCACUGGAACAAUGGAACUGAAUUUUCAGGAGGAUGAGUUCAGUUUGGAAACAAAACAUAAUCAGAUUAUUAAAAGGGUUAGUUCACCCAAAAAUGAAAAUUCUGUCAUUAAUUACUCACCCUCAUGUCGU